CGCAACAACAAAUCGGUCGAAAAAACUAUUAUCGGCCGCUUAUAGGCGGAGGAAAUUUAGCGUUUCUCUUGAUCAAAACAUUUUGAUUUGAUAUAGUUCGCCAUAAUUGACAAAGACAAAGAGACGUCAAACACACAACAAUGCUGCGGGCGAUAGGCAAACGGGACAGAGACAUCUUCGACGAGGAAUGGCCAGAAAAGCGAAAAAUUGUGCUCAAGCUGCUGCGCCAGGAGACCGUAUCGCAGCUCGAAUGGCAGGAUCUCUUCUAUGGCGUCCACAACGUCUGCCUCUGGGACGAGAAAGGCGCCACAAAAAUCUACGAUGGCCUCCAGCAGGACAUCGUUCAGUUCAUUGUGCAGGCGCAGUCCUUGGUUCAGGCGCAGCGCGGCGAACAGGCCCUUUUGGCCACCUACAUUGUGGAAUGGCGUAAAUUCUUCACACAGUCCAAUUACCUGCCGCUGCCCUUUCGCCAGCUGGAGCAGUCGCCGCAGGUGAAGCCGCCAGCGUCCAGUUCCGCAUCGUCAUCCUCAGCCGGUGCAUCCACCUCGAAUUCGGCUGCUGCUGCCGCCGCUUCUUCAGUCACCGCUGCCGGCGCCGCUGCCGGCGCCUCCUCGUCGUCGUCCAGCAAUCAAGCAUCCUCGAGUAGUUCCUCUACCACAAAAGCCUCUACAUCGUCAGCAGCCACAACCACGACUGGUGGUGGUGGUGGCGCCUCCACCAGUGCUGGAGCUGGCAGCAAUUCGGCAACAUCCGCAUCCAAUAGCUCCAAGAAGGGCCCUACCGACGAUAGUCCGGUGCGGAAGCUAAUGCUCGACUCGUGGAACAAGCACAUCUUUCACGACAUCAAAGAUCGCCUGCAGGAGUCCGCCAUGAAGAUUGUGCACGCCGAACGCAACGGUGAUGCCUACGAUGCUCAGCUGGUGGUCGGGGUGCGUGAGAGUUAUGUGAAUCUGUCGUCCAACUCGGAGGACAAACUAGAAAUCUAUCGCGAGCACUUCGAGAAGGCCUAUUUGAAGGCCACCGCCGAUUUCUAUCGGCUCAAGUCGGCGGAGCAGCAACAAGAGAAUGGCGUACUGGCGUACAUGAAGUAUGCGGAUGCCAAGCUGCGCGAGGAGGAGGUGCGCGCCAAGCGUUAUCUGGAACCGAGCAGCUUUAAUAUACUCACCUGCCGUUUGGUCAAGGUGCUGAUUGUGGAUCAUCUCAAUUCGAUAAUUGCCGAGUGUCCGGCUUUGAUUCGGGACUAUGAGACGGAGCGUUUGAAUCUGAUGUUUCGCUUGAUGGAUCGCGUCCUCGAUGGCGAGGGCGUCGAGGCGAUGAUGGGCGAUCUGCAGCGUCAUAUCAAGUCCGCUGGAUUGGCCGACAUGCAGUCCGCCUCGGAGAUCAUUACCCAGGACUCGGAGAAGUAUGUGGAGCGACUGUUGGAGCUAUUCAAUAAGUUUAGCGACCUGGUCCGCAACGCCUUCAACGAUGAUCCCCGGUUCCUUACUGCCCGCGACAUUGCCUUCAAGAUGGUCGUCAACGACACCAGCGUCUUCAAAAUGGACCUGCCCACAAGCAUCGCCAAUCGAGGCGUCAAAUACACAGCGCCUGAGAGCAAGUGUCCCGAGCUACUGGCCAACUAUUGCGAUAUGCUCCUCCGUCGCACGCCGCUUAGCAAGCGGCUCACCAGCGAGCAGAUCGAUGCACGUCUGCGCGACGUCCUGCUCGUCCUAAAGUAUGUCAACAACAAGGAUGUCUUCAUGCGCUACCACAAGGUGCAUUUGACGAGACGUUUAAUACUGGGCACUAGCGCGGACAGCGAAAAGGAGGAGGAUAUAGUUGAAUGGCUGCGCGAGGUUGGCAUGCCCGCUGACUAUGUCAAUAGACUGGCACGCAUGUUCCAGGACAUUAAGGUCAGCGAAGAUCUGAAUACUCAAUUCCGUAACUCGAUAAGUCGGCAUGAUGCCAUCAAUAUUAAAAUACUCAACGCUGGCGCGUGGGCGCGCUGCUCGGAGCGUGUCUCUGUAUCGCUGCCCAUUGAAUUGGAGGACUAUAUACCCGAUGUGGAGGAGUUCUACAAGAAGAAGCAUUCCGGCCGUAAGCUGCAAUGGUAUCAUCACAUGAGCAAUGGCACCAUCACGUUUGUGAACAAUUUCGGUCGCUACGAUCUCGAUGUGACCACAUUUCAAAUGGCCGUGCUCUUUGCCUGGAAUCAGCGGCAGCACGACAAAAUCUCCUAUGAGAAUCUACGUCUGGCCACCGAGCUGCCGGAUCCGGAGCUGAGACGUACUUUGUGGUCGCUGGUCGCCUUUCCCAAGAUCAAGAAGCAAAUUCUGCUUAUGGAGCCAACGGUGAUCAAUUCACCCAAAGAUUUUGCCGAGAACACCAUGUUUUAUAUCAAUCAGGAGUUUGCCAUUGUCAAGAAUGGCAAAUCACAGCGUCGUGGCAAGUUAAAUCUUAUUGGUCGUCUUCAACUGAGCACGGAGCGUUCGCAGCAGGAGGAUAAUCAGUCCAUUGUCCAGCUGCGCAUCCUGCGCACCCAGGAGGCAAUCAUAAAGAUUAUGAAGGUGCGCAAGCGCAUGAACAAUGCGGCGCUCCAAGCGGAGCUCAUCGAUAUACUGAAGAACAUGUUCCUGCCAUCGAAGAAGAUGAUCAAGGAGCAGCUCGAGUGGCUUAUCGAACACAAGUAUAUGCGACGCGACGAUGAUGACAUCAACAUGUUCAUUUAUGUGGCCUAACUGUGAUGCGUCCUUUGCGUCCUUGCCUAGUAUCCAUUCCCACUCAUCAAACAACCAACCAACAAUUUUAAUUUCUCUUUUUUAUCUCACACUUUUCUCAAUGUUUCUUUUUUAAUGACUUUUGCGUCCUGGGGCAUGUUUCAAAAUUGCUCUUUUUUUAAAGGAAAAGAAAAAGAAGAACACAACAAUUUUA